AUGUGCGGGAACUUGUGCGGGGUCCCCCGUUCUCCUCAGAGCAGGCGACGCCCAGGCCUCCUCGGGCCGGCCUGCCCUGCAACCGCGUGCGCCCCCCCAGACGGAGGCAAAGCUUCCCCUUGUGACAGGACUGUGCCAGGCGGACCCCGCCACCUGUCCCUGGCGCUUACGCUGAGGCCAAGCCUGGCUCGGGUCCACGCCCCGGCGGCGCCCGCGGCUCCAGAGGCGUCUCGUCCUCAGCCCCGCGAGCCGCUCUCGGGGUGCCUGGGGGGCUUCCUUCUCGGGCGCCCCAGGGCCCAGGUGGCCGCUCCCCGGCUCGGCCACGCGGGGGCAGCAGCGGCCCGGCAGGAAGCGGCCGGCGCGUCCCGCCCACCUGCACGCCCAGAGGGACGAGCCUGCCCGGCUCAGCCACCAGUUCGAGGCUGCCUGGGGUCUUCAAGACGAUCGGCUGCUUUUGCCUCUGCACUUGUCCACCCCGUCUGGACACUGUCCUGCCCGUCCCUCGUCCCAUCCCACCCUGCCGACCGCGGGGUCACCUGGUCCCCUCACUCUAUGGUCUCUCCCUUCCCGUCCGCCUCCGGGGUCUCCCUGAUGGCCGGGAGUGACCAGCUCCGGAUCUGCCGCCACGGGGCGGUGUGCAGGACCAGCUGCCCCCUGCUCUCAUGA